AUGAUGGCCGAGAAUCCACUGCCAACCAUACCCUCUGGAACUGUGGGCAUAGUAAGUGCCGAAGAGGGGACUGCCCUGGCCAGAGAUAUUUUGAAUAAAGUGAAUGCUGCUGCAUCAGCAAAUGACGCGCAGUCUCUAGCGGAUUGUUUCUAUCGAGAGCAGUCAUUUUGGCGAGACCAAUUGGCCCUUACCUGGCAUCUUCGGACCUUUGAGACUACAGACGUCAUUGUAGCAAGUUUUCUGGAAACUACAGGGCUCAGAGGCGUCGAAAACGGCUUUUGGAUUGACGGCACGGCCCAAUUUGUUCCGGCAACGCCUGUGCUACAAUUCAUCGACUGCGGAUUUACCUUCAGGACCCGGUCUCCUGCCGCGGCCUGCCGAGGAAACCUGAGGUUGUUACCUUCAAAGAUCAAGACUGAGAAUGGAAGUGAGACUGUUAUCUGGAAGAUCUGGAUCUUGAGCACUUGGAUAGAGAACUUGACUAUCCAGCCGGAAGACGAGGCCUUGCUAGAAUCGCCAAAGCGAGACCUGUUAGGUCUCACCAGCUUCGAAACCGACGUAUUCAUCUUGGGUGGCGGUAACGCCGCCGUGGCUCUUGCAGCACGAUUAAAGGCUCUCGGAGUGGAGAGUAUCGUAGCUGAGCGUAACGCUCGCGUGGGUGACAACUGGGCGCUCCGCUACGACUCUCUGCGCUUUCAUGUUCCGACUUCGUUUUGUGAGCUUCCUUUCAUGCGAUACGACAAAGAUCUCCAAACUCCCCACCACCUAUCCAAAGACGAGUUAGCCGACCAUGUCCGGAAAUACGUCAAUACCUAUAACCUGAAUAUCGUGACUUCAGCCACGAUAGUCUCAACCUCUCUGGAUCUCCAGAGCCAGCUGUGGCACAUCGCAUUUGAAACCCCGGCCGGAAUUCGUUCAGUAGCGUGUAAGCAUCUUGUGCAAGCAACGGGUUUUGCGUCACAAAUUCCACAUAUCCCAUCCGUCGCGGAAUCCAAUCUGUACAAGGGAAUUUCCAUCCAUUCAGCGCAUUACAAAAAUGCGAAGCAACUGUCAGACCAUGGAGCCAAAUCAGUUCUGGUCGUUGGGUCGGCUAACACGGCCUUCGAUGUCAUAGAGGACUGCCAUGCCGCCGGGCUCCGUACGACUAUGGUCGUUCGGUCUCCGACCUAUAUUUGCCCGGUCGAGUAUGUUUGCGAUCCUCGCAGUCUCGGCGUCUACGAUCCCGUCGGCAUAGAAGGAGGCGAUAGACUACUGAUGACAGGGCCGGCGGGCGUCGAUGCCGCCCUGGCUCGGGGUCUCAUGGCGCAAAUGGCGUCCGAGGAACCUCACCGUUACGAUGGCUUGGCAACAGCUGGGUUUCCUGUCAUCGAUAGCCGGGACCCAAAUGUGGCCCUGAUGUCGAACUUGCUUGAACACGCCGGCGGCCACUACAUUGACAUCGGGGCCACCAAAUUAUUGGCCGAAGGUAAAGUGGCUGUGAAGGCAGGGGUCGAACCCAUCGCUUUUACUUCUACUGGGCUGCAAUUCUCUGAUCAUACAAGUGAGGACGCCGAUGCGAUAGUAUGGUGCACUGGUUUCAAAGACAAGAAUGCGCGGACGACUGCUGCUGGGAUUCUGGGGAAGUCGGCGGGAAACAUACGUCCCGGGAACGUCCUGGGCCCUGAAGACAUAGCAGCACGCUUGGAUGCUACUUGGGGACUUGAUGUAGAAGGUGAGGUGCGUGGCCUGUGGAAGCGCCAGCUUCGUAUCGACAACUACUGGACCAUGGGCGGGUAUACGCAGCAGCACCGGUGGCAUUCGCGGACCUUGGCUCUGCAGAUCAAAGCUGCCCUCGAGGGAAUAAUACCACCCGCAUUUCGAAAAACACCCCACAAGAAGGAAAAAACAGUUUGUACUUGA